CCGGCAUUCCCAAGGGAUGGGAGCUGGAGCGGUGCCUGCCUCGGCCACACAGGGAGCAGCCCCUUGGACAGCGGAAUAACCUGAAAUCAUAAGGACUUCCACCCACAUCUGAAAAGCACACAAUGAAGGAUUCACCCUAAAAAAGGUGCAGCCACAGCGCUGGGUUCUCUCCAGAGGGACUGUGACAGGAGUAACCUCCAGAAGCCAUCUCCCAAGGUGGGACACAGAGCCACAGGCUGGAUGAGGUGGAGAACAGAAAGUGGAGGCACUGACUUCAUCUGGGACUGAGAUCUGUUCCUGGACAUGGAGGCCAUAGGAGUAUUUUGAGGGACACCAGGAAGAAGGGUUUGCUCUGGAAUCUGCCCUGACCAUGGCUCCUCCAGUCCUUUCAGACCUGGGCUAUGUCCCCCCCGAUGGUGGAUGGGGCUGGGCAGUGGUGUUCGGAGCCUCCAUCUCAAUUGGGUUUGCAUUUACCUUUCCUAAAGCUUUUACAAUCUACUUUAAAGAGAUCCAGGCUGUUUUCAACAUCUCCUACAGCCAGAUUGCCUGGACAACAUCCAUCAUGUGUGCUACCACCUACGGAGGAGGUCCCAUCAGCAGCAUUCUGGUGAACCGCUAUGGCAGCCGCCCCGUGGUCAUGUUUGGGGGGCUCCUGUGUGGUGUGGGGAUGAUCUCAGCUGCCUUCUGCACCAGCAUCCUGCAGCUCUACAUCUGUGUGGGUUUCAUCACAGGAUUUGGCCUUGCUCUCAACCUUCAGCCAUCUGUGAUAAUCAUAGGGAAAUACUUCUUGAAGAGAAGACCCAUUGCCAAUGGCCUUGCUAUGGCAGGGAGCCCCGUGAUGCUUUGCACCCUGGCACCUCUCAACCAAUUCCUUUUUGACAGUUUUGGCUGGAGGGGCAGCUUUUUAAUUCUUGGGGCGAUUUUAUUAAACUGCUGUGUGGCAGGAGCUCUCUUCAGACCCAUCGGGGCAGGCACAGCACUGGUCAAAACCCAGGUGACUGAGGAAGCGAAGGAAGCUCUGAAAGGAAAGAUCCCUGAGGAUGGACCCAUGGAGAACAGAGCAGAAGAGGAAGGAGGAAAGGACUGCUUUGAAAAAAUCAAUCAGUACCUUGAUUUUUCCCUCUUUAAACACAGAGGGUUCUUGAUUUACCUGAUUGGAAACGUGCUCAUGUUCCUGGGCUUCUUUGCCCCCAUCGUUUUCCUGGCACCUUAUGCAAAGCACACGGGCAUUGAUGAAUAUUCAGCUGCUUUCCUGCUUUCCAUCCUUGCUAUUGUGGACAUGGUUGCUCGCCCCACCACCGGCAUUGUUGCCAACAGCAAGUGGGUGAGGCCAAGGAUCCAGUACUUCUUCAGCUUCGCCAUUGCUUUCAACGGCGCCUGCCACCUCCUGUGCCCACUGGCCUCCAGCUACACAGGGCUCAUUGUGUACUCCAGCUUCUUUGGCUUGGCCUUUGGCAUGGUGUGUGCCAUGCUCUUCGAGACGCUGAUGGACCUGGUGGGAGCUGCCCGCUUCACGAGCGCCGUCGGGCUCGUCACCAUCGCCGAGUGCUGCACGAUACUGCUGGGACCACCUAUAGGAGGAAUUCUUAUUGAUACCUUUGGGGACUAUAAAUAUAUGUUCAUUAAAUGUGGAUCUGUGAUGGUCCUGGCAGGAACCUUUCUGUUCAUCAUGAAUUAUUAUAAUUAUCGUAUGCUUGCCAAGGAGGAGAAGGAAAGAAAGACAAAAGAAGAGGAGCCUAAAUCUGUAAGGACAGAAAAUGAGGACAAAAAAAACUGGAACAAAGACUCCACACAGGAUGGGCCUGAGCUAGAACCUUUGAGAGAGAAGGGAGCAGGAGUAAAGAAGGAAAUGAAUGGCACAAAUGAAGUUUAUACCUGUUCUUGUGGGCAGGAUGGGAAAUGACUUCUGGGUUGCUCAGGUGAGCACCAGCUGUGAAAUCAUACUAGGAUUUAAAAUUUUACUCUAUUCUCUGCCAUGUGCAUCCUCUUCUUUGUUGUAGGAGAAGACUAGAACAGAAACAGGUCCUGAUUCUUAUAAAAUGCUGGGACACUGCAGUAUCCACUUGCUUACCAAAGGUCCUGCAAGAUUUUCCUUUAGAUUCCUCAUUUCCCAGAGAAAAGGGAAAGGUUAUGUUUUGCAGGAGGCCAGGAUGAAGCUGACAUGAGACAGGAGUCCUUCUUCAGGUGCUUUGAUCUGGGCAGGGCAGAAAUUUAAUCUUAAACUUAACCCUUGUCCUACAUUCAAGCAGUGCAAAUUAAAUGUUUUCCUAGUGGGUUACAAAGUCCUUAUUAUCCAAUUUCUGCAUGCCUUACCAUUUCUAGUAAGCUUUUUCUUUACAACACCCUGGUGAGACAGUAAGUGUUGCCACCAUUAAUUAAUUGUACAAAUGAACAACAGAAGCACAGAGGAGCUUUGGGCAUCAUUGCAUCAAUGAAUAAAACUUAGGUGUGCCAGAGCUGAAAUGGAACCCUCUGCCUUGAGUUAGUUACCUAAAAGCCCUGCUGAGCACAGGUAUUGCCUUGCUAGAAAACAGGGAAUACAAGGGGUAGCAGUGCACAGCUCUCUCUGCAGUGCACUCUGCUCACUGUGGGCCUCACUCCACUCAGCAUUAGUGGUUUUGAGCACUUGACUCACAGCUGGGACCUUGUGCUGUGUUUUUUGUAACCUGGUUUCAGCUGCAUCCAUCCUGGAGGGACUCCAAACCCAGCUGCCUCCCCCUUGUUUGGGCUGGAGUGGGCAGCUCCCUGCUGCUGGCACUGCUGGCCUCGUGCCACCCUGCUGCAUUGAGUAAAAUUUGCCCAGGCUGGAGAUGCAGAGGUGGAGCUGAGACCUCUUAGAGUCUUUACCAUCCUGUGGUGGCAAUUUUGAUCUGGGAAGAUCUGCACUCUGAUGUAUUUUAUGCCAAGCAGCUGCUGCCCAAGAGCCAUGGAUGCUGAGCAUGGUGUCAUGCAGUUGAAUCAUCAGACUUGUGUGGAAUUUCAUGGAUUUGAUUGGAUGAAAAACAAGGACUUUUCAGGCAGAUCACUCAAAUCCAAAGCUAAAACUAGUCCAAAGGUUAGUUCUCCUUUUUCUUUACUUCAACACUAUCCAUAUGUGAUCAGAUCAUAUUUUUUCAUGGUUUUGUCUUUGAAGAACUGUAUUUUCUUGUCACUUGUGUACACAAUAUGAAGGAAGGCUUGUAAAAACACUUUAAUAAAUACACUGUACUCUUAAAAUUAGAUCAUUCAUAUCUUCUUGUACAAAACCUUUUCUGUGAAUUCUUUUGUUUCUUUGAAGAAUAGUGGUCUUUGACUUCAGUAGGACAUAAAUUUUAGCCUUGUGUUAUAACUUGUAUUUUUCUGAAAAAAACAAAAUCUAUAUGAAAUAAUUAGGCCUUCAGUGCUUGUUUUUCAUGCCCUUUAUUUCUGUCAAAUAUAUCUAUGAUAUUUCAUUAAAAAAGGCAUUAAUAGAAGGUGGUGAAUAUUUUCCAAUGUGCCUUCUGUCAUAUACUUAAUAAAACUAUUUUAAAAAAAUCAAA